UUAUGAUCAUUAAUUUAGUUCUCUCCGAUUUCUCGACGAGUGAACUUCUUCUAACAAUUUUUUUCCUAUGUACUGAAUAUUUAUUUUUUAGUCACAAUGUUACGUUAUUUUCUAUUAUUUUCUAUUUUAUUUAUUGGUUUGAUAAACGUCAGGGCUAUGUGGUUGGCCCAGGUCGGUCCGAAGUAUCCCCCGACUAAAGGUGAAGUCUGGCCCAAGCCACAGGUUGAAGUUAAGGAGCAAACGUUUUAUGUAUUCAACCCUUCGCAGUUCAAAGUUAAGGUUCUGGAUCAAACGUGCGAUAUAUUAACGAAUGCGAUCGCCCGUUACUCCUAUUUAUUGGAGAACAAACUCGGGUUGAAAACUCACCCCACAGCGCCGUCUCCGCAGACCGAGGGAAUACACAGCAAUACUUCGUACAGGGGACAUCUCAAAGAACUGGAAGUGACCCUCACUUCGCCGUGUGAGGAGUACCCGCAUCUUGACAUGGAUGAAAGCUAUAAUCUUACUGUAUCGUCUACUACAACACUAGUCUCUUCAUCAGUAUGGGGCGUAAUAAGAGGUCUCGAGACAUUUGCACAACUAUUUUAUGUAUCUGAUGAUCACAACGAUAUACGAGUAAAUAAAACUACAAUAUCAGAUUUCCCACGAUAUAAGCAUAGAGGACUGCUGCUUGACACAUCCCGUCAUUUUAUUACCGUGUCAAACAUUCUAAAAACUCUGGACGCAAUGGCGAUUAAUAAAAUGAACGUGUUCCACUGGCACAUAGUAGAUGAUCAGAGUUUUCCAUAUCAAAGUGAAAGAUUUCCAGAAUUGAGUGAAAGAGGUGCUUUUGAUCCGUCCAUGGUUUAUACCAAGGACGAUAUAGAGAGAGUGAUCGAAUAUGCAAGAAAUCGUGGUAUACGAGUAAUACCUGAAUUUGAUGUUCCUGGACACACUGGGUCUUGGGGCAUCGCAUUUACUGAUAUUUUGACAGAAUGUUAUGAAAAUGGGAAAGUUAUAGGAUUUGGUCCUAUGGAUCCGACGUCUAAUACCACUUAUAAACUACUCCGAGAUUUGUUCAAAGAAGUUCAAAAUGUAUUCCCAGACAAAUACUUCCACGUUGGUGGUGAUGAGGUUGAGUUACAAUGCUGGAAAUCGAAUCCAAAACUUAUAGAUUAUAUGAAAGUCCACAAACUAACUGCGUCAGAUUUACAUGCUCUAUUUAUGAGCCGUGUAAUACCACUUCUAGCAAAUGCAACAGUGCCUGUAGUAUGGCAGGAAGUAUACGAUGAAGGUGUAAUUCUUUCUACAGAUACACUUAUACAAGUAUGGAAAUACAACUGGAUUACUGAAAUGAUUAAUGUCUUAAAAACUGGACAUCGAGUUCUCUUUUCAUCUUCAUGGUACUUAGAUGCUCUGGGCUCAAGGUGGACAGACUAUUACGCAGCUGAUCCUCGUCAAAUGGUAUAUGAUGUAACAAGCAACAAAACUCUCAUGGCAGGCAUUGUUGGAGGAGAAGCUUGUAUGUGGGGUGAGAUGGCAGAUGAUAGAAAUGUUAUAAACAGAGUAUGGCCGAGAGCAAGUGCUGUGGCUGAAAGACUAUGGAGCUACCAAGACAGCAAUACACGUUACAGAUCAUCACGCGCUCCAUCUGAAGCCUAUAACCGGAUAGAAGAACACGCGUGUCGAAUGAUACGCCGCGGUAUUGACGCACAACCACCUUCUGGACCUGGAUUUUGUGUUGUGUAACAUUUAAUUCUACGAUAUUAUUUAUAAGAUAUUUGUAACCAUUAUUACUAAUAAAGUUUAUUUUUAACUGUUA